AUGGAGGAAGAAAUUCUUCGUGAGGCACCGAAAUGGAUAAGGGAGAUAGACAGUAGACUUGGAAAUGAUCCGGAACCUGUAGUUGAUGAAGUUUCGAAGCCCAGAUUACAAAGGGUUCCAGCUUAUGUGGGAGCAAGGGUAGAGUUAAAAGAAUUCUACGUGCCUAAGCUCAUUUCAUUUGGUCCAAUCCAUAUGCUUAAACCUUACGUCCAGCAAGGACGGCUAUACAAGCUUAGAUGGACAGAAAUGUAUCUUCAGCAAACUAAUCAAACCUUCGAUAAUUUGAUUCAUAGACUUUCUGAAAACUACCAAGACAUCAAGAAAUUUACAGGAGAGCACUGGAAUUCCCUUUACAGAAACGCUUGGGGUCGAGAAUUCGCUUUCGAAAAAGCCUUGGUAGUGGAUGGGUGUUCGGUACUCCAAUUGUUGGACAAAUCCGCCGGUUCUCGUCAUCCAGAAGAACAACUCAUGCUUAACAGUAACCAGCUUGUGCGUGUGCAUCAGGAUAUGCUGCUCUUGGAGAACCAAAUUCCCUACGCAGUGCUCAAGCUGAUAUGCGGAGACGAUCAAGACAGGCUAAAAAGAUGCAUGCGCAAUUUCCUUCUAAUUCAUGGUAUUAAUGUUGACGUAAUCAGAAGGAAUACUACAAGCAUGGACGUAGUUGGGGGAAAGUCGCGAGAGCACAGUACUGUAAUAGUUGAAGAAGAAGAAGAAGAGGACCCGAUUCAUCUUUUAGACUAUUUGCGGAGGGCCCUCUUGGCGAGGGACCGACAUCAUAUCCCUACAAAAACCAUACUCAUACGGCGGAGACCCCUGCACCUCAGAAAAUAUAGGAUUGGAACCAUAAGGGAGCUCAAAGCAGCGGGGAUUCGAAUUCGGAAAAGGAAAGAUACCUCUUUCUAUCCCAUCUUCAUGAAUGGACGGUUAGAACUUCCUGAAUUCACAGUGGAUGGCUCAACAGCUCUCAUUUUCUACAACCUCAUUGCCUACGAGAUGUGUCCUGACUUUCGCAACAACUACGAGAUCAGCUCACACUUAGUUUUCCUUGGCUCUCUCGUUGACCACCCAGAGGACGUGAAGGAGCUCCGGCAUGCUGGCAUCCUUCGCAACGACCUCGCCAGUGACAAAGAGGUUGCGGAUCUCUUUAAUCAGAUGGACUUUUUAUUGGUACCCGGAACGCCCAAAUUUGCUCAUAUAAGAGACCAGAUUGAAGCCCAUUUUGAGUCCAGGCGUGGCAGGAUCAGAGUCUUGCGCUGGAUAGAAGAGGCUUACAAAAACUAUUUGAGAUCACCCUGGACCGUUAUUGCCUUGUUGGCUGCCACGCUCGCUCUUGUUCUCACCUUCAUCCAGACUUGGUAUACCAUGCAUCCACCCUAA